AUGCGGUCUCAGCUCCUUCGCGCCGCCGCGCGCUCGAAGGCGACCACCAGUGUCGCUCGCCACAGAUCCUUUACCUCAUCCGCGAGACGAUCCGCCGAAGUCGAGCUUACAAUCGAUGGAAAGAAAGUGUCGGUAGAAGCUGGCUCUGCCCUAAUUCAAGCUUGUGAAAAGGCUGGUGUUACGAUACCGAGAUAUUGUUACCACGAGAAACUCCUCAUUGCCGGUAAUUGCAGAAUGUGCUUGGUUGAGGUCGAACGAGCCCCGAAGCCUGUUGCGUCCUGCGCAUGGCCCGUCCAGCCUGGCAUGGUCGUUAAGACCAACUCGCCCCUCGCACACAAAGCAAGAGAAGGUGUUAUGGAGUUCUUGCUCGCCAACCACCCCCUCGAUUGCCCGAUUUGCGAUCAGGGUGGCCAAUGUGAUUUGCAAGAUCAAUCAAUGAGGUACGGCGCCGACCGAGGACGAUUUCACGAAAUUACUGGCAAGCGUGCAGUAGAGGACAAGAACAUCGGACCACUUAUCAAAACCUCCAUGAACAGAUGCAUUCACUGCACGAGAUGUAUCAGAUUCGCCAAUGAGAUUGCUGGCGCUCCCGAGCUGGGCUCAACUGGACGUGGCAACAAUAUGGAGAUCGGUACAUACCUCGAGCGCAACCUCGAUACCGAACUCUCGGCUAACGUGGUCGAUCUCUGUCCCGUGGGUGCGCUCUUGACUAAACCUGGCGCAUUCAGCUAUCGACCCUGGGAACUGAGCAAGUUUGAGUCGAUUGAUGUUCUGAACGCAAUGGGUGCCAAUAUCAGAGUCGAUGCUCGCGGUCUGGAAGUCAAGCGCAUUCUCCCGAGACUCAACGACGACAUCAAUGAGGAGUGGAUUGACGACAAGCAGAGAUUCGCCAUGGACGGCUUGAAAACGCAGAGAUUGACCACUCCUCUCCUCCGACGAGAUAACAAAUUCCAACCCGCCACUUGGGAACAGGCUCUUACCGAGAUUGGCACGGCCUAUCAAAAGCUCGCUCCCAAAGAGAACGAAUUCAAAGUCAUUGCUGGCCAUCUGAUGGACACAGAGACUCUCGUUGCGAUGAAGGACCUCGCCAAUCGUCUUGACUCUGAGAACCUCGCUCUCGAUCAACCAAACGGCUCAUCUCCACUGGCUCAUGGCGUUGAUCUGAAGGCCAACUACGCCUUCAACACGAAGAUUUACGGCAUUGAGGAAUCCGACGCCAUGCUCAUCAUUGGCUCGAACCCACGCUGGGAGGCUGCAGUUCUGAACGCCCGCAUCCGUAAGCAAUGGAUGCGGUCGCCACUCCGCAUCGGCUACAUCGGAGAGGACUUCGAGUCGACCUUCAAGUAUGAGAAUCUCGGUGCCGACGCUGCAGCAGUCAAGUCCGCUCUUUCCGGUGAAUUCGGCAAAGCUCUUUCCUCCGCCAAGCGUCCUAUGAUCAUCGUCGGCUCAGGUGUGACAGAGCAUCCCGAUGCCAAGGCUAUUUACGAGACUGUCGGCAGCUUUGUCGAGAAGAACGCCUCCGUGUUCAACACUCCUGAGUGGCAGGGCUACAAUGUGCUCCAACGCGCCGCCUCCCGCGCAGGCGCUUACGAAGUUGGAUUCACUGUGCCCAGCCAGAAGGUUGCCAACACGAAGCCCAAGAUCGUCUGGCUGCUCGGCGCUGAUGAGAUCGAAGAAGCAGAUAUCCCUCAGGAUGCCUUUGUCAUCUACCAGGGCCAUCACGGUGACAAGGGUGCACAGCUCGCUGACGUCGUCCUGCCUGGCGGCGCCUACACCGAGAAGUCCGCCACCUACGUCAACACUGAGGGUCGCUCCCAACUGACCCGCAACGCCGUCUCUCUUCCCGGCGCGUCGCGAACCGACUGGAAGAUCAUUCGCGCCGUGUCCGAAUAUCUCGGCCAGCCACUGCCUUACGACGAUGUCGAGGCACUGAGAGACCGCAUGGCCGACAUCUCACCAGCACUACGGAGAUACGAUAUCGUGGAGCCCACGGCGCUCAGCGCCCUCAGCAAAGUGCAACUCGUGGACGCAAACAAGGGAGCCAAGGCCACCGGGCAGAAGCUAGAGCUGCCAAUCAAGAACUUUUACUUUACGGACGUCAUUAGCAGGAGUUCACCGACAAUGGCCCGCUGCGCCGCCGCCAAGGAGACGGGCAACCCGGACACCAACUUCAUGGCGCCCGGUGAGCAGGGUGAGUACCCCGGCCAAGUGUCGUAUGGUGGUGCUGCGGCCUGA